UGCUGGUACUUGGUUGACGCAUUGUCAGUGCGCCUGGGUAUGCUAUGAAUAUGCAUACUUUCCGCUCCACGGAUCUCAAAGGCCAAAUCUGAAGUACAGGUACAUGACCUAGUACUUUAUCGUUAUGUCUACACGUUGGAGUUGGUCCUGUAAGAAUUACCUGGUAGCCUAAUACAACACCACCUCGAAAUGCUUAUAGCAGACAGUGAAUGGUUGCGCAUCAAAUACUGUAGGCGUACUCAGGUUCCACCUGACCUUAACUGUAUGAGGAAAUACCAUUGACAAACAUAUUUCCUUUUGAUGUAAAACAGCACGAUGCAUGCAGUGAAUAGCAGACUGGAGUAUAGGAUGUGUGCUGAUUGACCUUUCAGUAAAGUCUACGAGUGCACGAUUAUCAUAAAUCCCGUGUGCAUAACACGAACACCAUGGGUGAAUCAACUACUCGAGUUUGGAAGUGGGGCGAUCCAGCUGCACCCAGUUUCCCAGAAGACCAUUAUGAUGUAGCUAAAAGCGCCCUCUUUCAGGACCCGCCCCAACCCCAGCCGGGUGAGGAUGCGGAGUUUCGUCUUCUGGAGCUCCACGUUGUCUCUACCGACAACGAAACCGAGUCGGACGGGCAAACACCGACCGAAUACCCGUGCCGCGUGUUUACACACACCGGUCGCUUGUUGGAAAUGCAGGAUGAAACCUAUGGGAGUAAGGAAUGUCACUACGCAUCGUCUUGCGAAGAAGCCCUUCGUAUCUACGCCAAGAUCUACUCCAGUUUCUCCGACUUUCACAAGACCAAGAAGUUCCUGUCCCGAUGGAUAGGCUCCCCAGUCUACCGGAAGCAAGCGAUGGAAACUGGACUAACAGACGGGCCAGCUAUCUCAGACGAAGUGACGAGGCUUGUUGAGUAUCUCUGGCGGGAAGCGAAUGGCGAACUCCGAGAAAUCUUAUCAGUUCCCUACCGGAAAAUAGGCAUUGGAAAAGUGGAAAAGGCGGAGGGUAUAUUACUCCAGAUCAGGAAGAUGUUAGACGCUGAUUGCGACGGCUACGGACCGGAUCUCGAUAAGCUGAACGACGAGUUCUACCGACUGAUACCGCAUAAAUUACACCACGUGGCACCCGUGAACAACAAGCGCACUCUAGCCGGCAAGCAGGAAUUGUGCCAGCUUAUUCACGAUAUUGUGGCGGUGAGUGAAGCGACAGACUGGUCCCAACGCAGCACCAGUCAGUCCAGAUACCGUGCAUUGCAAUGCUACCUGGACUGUCUGGCACCUGAUCACCCGGAGUUCGUUAAGGUGGAGAAACUGGUGAAAGCCACCGUGUCGAGUGACGAGCCUCUGGAAAUUAAGCGCAUUUUUGCAGCAAGCCGAGGGGUCGAGGAAGCAGUGUAUGCCCAUGGCACUGGUAAUGAUCGGCUUCUCUUCCAUGCUUCCAGGCCGGCUAACUUCCUCGGGAUUCUCUCUAGGGGUGUUCUACUCCCGAAGAUUGUCGUCGAGGUGUUCGGGGGUUCCCGGAGAGAUGCAGGAAUGCUGGGAAGUGGAAUCUAUUUUGGCGACCGAGUCAGCACUGCACAGCAGUACUCGUCACCCAGCCAGCAGACCGGCACCAGACUAAUGGUUGUCAACAAGGUUGCCCUUGGCAACAUCAAAGACCUGUAUUGGUUUGAUCUGAGCCUGAAUGAGGCACCUAAGGGUUACCAUAGCACCCACGGUGUCAGCAGGACCGGCACACGAGACUCCGAGUUCAAGGAUGACGAGUUUGUUGUGUACGAGGCGAACCAGCAGUGCAUCCGGUACCUGGUGGAGUUCGUCUUGCCGGGGGACGAGGAGAUCGACAUGCAGCUAUGCGAGACGCCGCAGGUUGAGGAGGGAGUUAUGGAGCAGCUGAUCUUUCCUGAGCAGGCCCAAGAAGAAAGCAGCGCCCGUCCUUCAGAUAUCGAUUUGAGUGACAUCGAAUGUGCUAAGGACCCGAUCGCCAGCAUUGAAGCUGGUUUGGUCGGCAGCAAUGAGACAUCAGACACUGUGACGUUACAAGCCGUGCACAUCAGGGCACAAAUACUAGAUCUUGUAGCACAGGUUGUCGUCAUACAGGCCUACCGGAAUAACAGCAGUGAACCCAUGGAGGCCAAAUACGUCUUCCCUGUGGACGAAGCAGCCGCGGUAUGUGGCUUCGAGGCGUUUAUCAAUAACAAACAUGUAGUUGGUGUUGUGAAGGAGAAAGAGGCGGCGCACCAGGAGUACCGUAAGGCGGUGGAGGAGGGGCAUGGAGCAUACCUCAUGGAUGAAGAGGCACCGAAUGUGUUUUCCGUCAGCGUUGGCAAUCUGCCAGCUCAUUCCGACGUCCUGAUCAAAGUCACCUACGUGACUGAGCUGGCCGUCGAGGGCGACAAAUUAGCCUUCAAACUCCUAGGCAGCGUGGCGCCAUGGAAACGACAGGAGGUGAUGGCGAAGGGCGCCCCCGGAGGAGCGGACGCCGUCGACGUCGACCUAGAAACAAUAUACAAAGAAGAAUCAGUUCAGGUUGCGGUUACCAUGGCAUCCGAGAUCACAUGCAUCGAAUCCCCCACACACUCCAUUCUUGUCAAACGAGACAACAAAAAGGCCUCUAUUAAAUUGGGAAAGGACUCCAAGCUGGAUGAUGGGUUCCAGCUUUUGAUUGGUCUAGAUGAGAUGCACAAGCCCCGGAUGUGGUUGGAAGAACAUCCGGGAACUAAAGAGCAGGCCGCCAUGCUUGUCUUCUACCCCGAUAUCGAUGUGGGCUCAGUGACCAAUCCAGACAUGGUUCUUGUUCUGGACUCUUCCAACUCGAUGAAAGGGGAGAUCUUGGAGGAAGCCAAGAAACUCCUGCUGCUCAUUCUGCAGAAUCUACCCGCGCAGUGCACCUUUAAUGUCAUCUUCUUUGGCACAGAGUUUGACGAACUUUUCCCUGCCAGCCAGCCCAAGACACAAGCCAACCUGAAAGCGGCCAGGGAGUUCAUCAAGGGCGCUACCGCCGAGCAGGGCUGCACGGACUUCUGGCGCCCUCUACAGUCCAACCAUCUCCUGAAGCCGACGAGCGCCCUCAGAAACCUGUUUCUGAUAACAGACGGUCACCUUAGCAACGAACAGGCAACGUUGAGGGCGGUGGGACGCCACCGGGCACACUCCCGGGUGUUCACUUUUGGUGUCAGCAAAACAGCCAAUCGGCAUUUACUGGCAGCAGCCGCCAGACAAGGAGGUGGUGCUUUUGAGUUCUUUGACACCAAGGCCAAAUCCACUUGGGAGCAAAAGAUCCAAUUGCAAGUCUCUCGCGCAUCCCAGCCGGCUGUCGCAUCCCUGCGUGUCACGUGGCACCAAGAUGAUGCUGAGCCACGCCCACCUGCCCUCCAGGCUCCUGCAGAAAUCACCUCCUUGUUUAGACACAACAGGCUGCUGGUCUACGGACUCGUCCAAGAAUGCCAGAAAGCAACGCUGACUGCCGAGAUCAACGGCAGGAAGGUUGAGAUGGAGCUUUCGGCAACAGAUCAUCCAAAAAUGGAGGGAAAGAUUCUUCACCAGUUGGCCGCGCGCGCCGUCAUCAGGAAUUGGGAAGAGGGCGCCCUCCACGCUGAUCGCACAGAGCACGAAUCGCAGAAGAACGAGCUGAAAACGCGCAUCGUGGAGCUGAGCAUCCAGUACUCGAUUGUCACUCCCUUCACGAGCUUCAUCGCUGUGGAGGAAAGAGAUGAGGUUGAGCAGAAACAGCUUACAGAAGGUCAGAGACCUGCCACAGUUCUGAGUCUAGAGAAACUUCUCGAUGCUGAAGAUGUCGACCAUCUCCUCUCGCUCAAGUGGGAGGAACUAAUGGCGGAAACGGAACAGUUGUCACCUUUGAAGCGAGUUCACAGCCUUCUGAAAACCGCCAAAGUGGCCGCCGAUUCAUUCUCCUUCAAGUCAGCAGAGAAGUACUUCGAGGAAGCGUACGGGUUGGCCAAAGAGACUCUCUCCUACGCCCAGCCUAUUACCCUAACGGUGGCCUACUCAUUUUCAAAGUUUUGUGCCCGAGUCAAACGCAACAUGGACCAGGCGUUUCAGCUCGUCAACGGUGCGUUCUUGGAGACCAAGAAAGCUAUGCCCGAACUCGCCGAGGUUCAAGAAACAACAGUUAUUGAAGAUACCUCGAAGCUUGAUAACCUAGAUGCUUUGCAGCAAGCUGUGGAUUGGGCUGAAACAUGUCAAAUGGAGAUGGCAAGGAUCAAUGCGCAGCCGGUACAGCCUGAGCACAAACCCAGCCUACGCGAUAUCCCGGCUGAAUUAGACGAGUCAGUGGAAGUAUAUCUUGAAGACAUUGAUGAGUUAGGAGAGGAGUUAGUGGUAGUCAGUCAGGAAGACAAUGUAGAGUCAACAGGGGAGAUGGAUAGAUGGAUGACAGUCUCUCAUGAGUUGACAAGGGAUGAAGUGACAUGGGUGGAAGACCGAGACACAUGCAGCUAUGGACAGGAACCGAUGGGAAGACCCAAAAUGGAACCACUUAAGACAGACACCCUUGUAACUGUAUCCCGCAGCUGGGUUGCGGAACCACAGGAGCCGCAGGAGAUCAUGACUGCGAAAGUGUUGGAGGAAGAUGUGAUGGAACAGGAAAUAUAUGUCCCACGGCCGAUGCUUUACACCAGUGCUAGAGAAGAAGUUGUCUUUGAGCCGGAUUUGAUGAUCGAAAGAGAUCUUCUCAUGCCAGAGCCGCAGAGGAGUCUUUCUCCCCAGUUUGUUGACACUGUAGCCAUGCCACAACGUCACGAACUAAGUGAGGAUAUUAGAGAACUUGCUGUACAAGAAAGAGAAGUUGUCUUGGAACCGGAUAGGAUGAUCGAAAGGGAGGUCGUUAUGCCGGAACCAGUGCUUGAACUCACCAUGCCAGAGCCACAACGCUAUGAAGAGAGGGCCUUUGAACCAGUCAAGGUACUUCAGGGUUCAGAAAAUCCUGUCAUUCAGAAAAGGGCCAAAGCUGCAAGAAAGGAAAAAGAAUUGCCUGGAGCAUCUUACGCUCCUGAAAGACGACCGAAGUCCAGCGGCCCAGGCAUAAUGAAGACAGCAAAGGAUGCAGUGGGGGGCUUAUUUAAAAAGAAAAAGAGCAAGCAACCGAAAAGUCUUAGUCGAGACGCUCCGGAAUUAUCUCCCCAUCCCCCAUCAUUUGAUGAGGAAGCUUUCUCAGCACGUAUGCGCGCUUCCCCCAUUCCACUUUUAGAAACUAUGGCCAGCUCCGCUCCUCCCCCUCCCCCGCCAGGAGGCGCCGCCCCUCCCCCUCCCCCGCCCCCACCAGGAGGCGCCGCCCCUCCCCCUCCCCUACCAUCUGGAGUAAGCCUUGCCCCACCUCCUACCCCACCAACCCUAGGAGGCACCGCCCCUCCCCGACGUCCACCUCAAGUGUCUGUUGGGAGCUCCGAUGAUGAGCUGAUGACUGACGCCAUGGCUUCUCUUGUAAAGGAUCCAGAAACUGUCACCAAAGACACGCUGCGUCUUAUUGAGUUACAAAACGUGGACGGACAUUGGGAGUUUCAGUCUGAACUGGAGGAGAUUCUAGGUAUCAACAUCUUGGAGUGCAAACAACGUCUCAAAGAAAAACUCAAAUCAGUCAUGUCGCGAGAAGGAGCUACGGUAGACGUCGGUGACAUCUUUGAUCUGGCCGUCCGACUGGUGGCGACUCUACUCGCCCGCCUUCACCUACAUAACGUGUCUGCCCAGCUAGACUUGCCCACGUCUGUCGCUGGGAAGGUCUCACAAGCCAUCGAGCGGGCGAGCGCGUACAUUAAAGGGUCGGUAGAGAGCGUGGAAGGGCAGUUUGGAGCACUUGUCGACUGGGACGCCUUUACCCAUGGCCUUCUGAGCAAGUGAAGCCAACAUUUAGAUUUUGUAAUGCUGUAAGGUCUUAUGAAUUUCAGUGCAGUUAAUAUUUUUGUGUAAAUGUUCUAGAGGUAUUGAUUAUUGACAUAGUUAUCAAUUUUAAUUAAAAAAAAUUAAUGUAACAUUGAGACUUUAACAAGUGUUGUUUGAAUGGAAUGAAGGCACCAAUUCGACCCUUGGCACAGAAUCGAAUUACAUUCAAAGGAGCUUGUUCUAACUUAAAUUCAGUAUUGAGAUUUCUUGAAAAACAGUUAGAGCAGAUUUUCAGCAGGCCCUAUUAAAACUAACAGAAACAUCUUCCGAAUACGAAACCAGUUUGUAGUUAGUAAUUAAUAUUGAGUUGAAAUAUUCCUUACAAACUCUAUAAAAAGUACAUUUAAAUGCCUAUGUUGAGUGAUAAAUACAAUUUGUGCGGAUUGUGAAUAACACGUUAUUAAAUGCUGGUUAAAAAAACAAGCUUAUGGUUGGUAUAUACAAUCUCUAAAUUCCGAAGAGUGACAAUUUACUCAAUUCGAGUGAAGAUUCACUCCCACAGUCGGAAACUAGGGACUAGACGUUUCAGAGAGAAAUUUCUUCAAUCGUAAAGAUCCAUUUUUCACUCGAGCUUC